AUGAAUAAUAAUCCCUAAAAUGUAUAUUUUUAGGUUGUUACCAUUCCAGAUCAUAUUAAAAUAUUAUAAGGUUUUAAGAAGUGGAGAAGAACUGGUGAAAAUUUGAAUGGAGCCAUCAUGAUUGGUUUAUUGGAAUAUCUUCAAAUAACUAAUUAGUUUGAUAAAAUAUAAUAAAUGAUAUCGUAUUUGUAAAGUGCUUCAGAUGAAUAGGUCAUAAAAAUGAGAAAUAUCAUAACAAAUUCAUUGAAUUAUAAAAAAGGACAAUAAUAAUUAGACUAUUUAAUAGAUUAGCUAAAAUCAUUAGAUCCAUUUAAUAUUUUCCCUAGUAAAUUCUUUUAAGAAUAUAUUAAAAGAGUAAAAGGACAUAUUUCUAAUGAAGAAGUCUUGCCAGUUUUAAAAAAUAUUUUUUCGGUUAAGAUAAUCAUAAUUAAUGAUGAUUAUGAUAGAAAGGCCCUUACAACAUUAGAUCCAAAAGAUAGAGAUCAAAUAAUUAUAUACAAUUAUGAUAAAUAGUACUAUAUUAUACAAAAAGAACCUGGGCCUUAGUUGUAUAAAUGUAUAUAUUGUACAAAACAAUUCUCAGACGAUUAUUAUAAAAUGAAAUGUAAUCAAAUUGUUUGUUAUUAAUGUUUAAAGAAAUUUUUUGAAAAAAAAAAAGUUAAUUUUGUACAAUGUAAUGAGAAAAAUUGCGCUUAAUAAAUAACUUUGAAGGAUUAUUAAAAUAUUUUGAAUAAACAAGAAGAGAUGGAAAAAACAGGAUAAUUAAAUUCAAUAAUCUUAUAAAAGGCUGAGGAAAGUUAAAAACAUUAUAAUACAUUUUGUCAUUAAUGUAAAAAUAGAAUGAGUCUGGAUAUUUUACUAUCGCCUUAAGGUUGCUCUCAUAAUUUUUGCAAAAGUUGCCUUUAAAGGUGCUUCAGUUUGAUUCCAAGUGGAAAUAAUAUAUGUAUUAUCAAAAAUUGUAAUGGAAAAUUCAUUUAAAAAGAUUUAGAUUAAUUUAUAAAAGAUUCGAAUUACAAAUAAUAAUAAUCUUCAUCAAUUUAAAAAAAUGAAUAAUAAAAUCUUAUUUCAUUUACAACUCCAUUAGGUAAUUAAGAAAUAACUUAUUAAUGUGAAGGCUGUUUUAACUAUUAUUAAUAAUCAUCAAUUUAUACAGCUGAAUGCUAACACAAAUUUUGUAAAAUCUGUUGUGAUAAAGAGAUAUCCAAAAAUAUAAGUUGUUUUUAAUGUUAUAAAGUAAAUUGUGGAUAUAAAUUAAAAGUUGAGGAUAUUUAAAAAUACUUUUAUAAAAAGAUUAAAAGCAUGACAUUUCGUGAUUGUGCUAAUUGUAAAUAGGAAUGUAAGAUUUUUGAGUCAUUUUAAAACAAAUGUUCACAUCUAAUUUGCUAUAGUUGUGUUAAAUAGAUUUAUACAGAAGGUCUUAAUCCUGUUUGUAAAUUAUGUAAAUCUUCAAUAAAUUUAAAUGAUUUGGAUGAUUAUUAUUUACCAUAAGCUACUUAAGAAAUUUAAUAAAUUGAAUCUUAAGAAUUUAUUGAAACUAAUCUGUAAGCUUCUUCUUGUACUUUUUGUAAUUCUCCUUUUACAGAUUACAAUUUAUAAUAAGAUAUACCUUGUUAAAUUCAUAUUCUUGGAUCUUGUUGUGUAAUAUUUCCAUUAGAUUGUCCAUAAUGUUAAAUAAGCUCUUUGAUUGUUGAGAAAUGUAAUUUGCAUAUUAAUUUUAGAAUAACUUAAAUUUUAUUUAUUGCAAAAUGAUAUGGAUAGAUUUUAUUUUACCUCUGAGAGCUCAAUUAAAUGA